GAGUUGCUCGAAUGUCAACUCCAAAAAAAACUCGUGCAUCGGAAUGAGAAAUGAAGAACGUGUAACGCAAGACUUCUUCAUCUGUGUCCUCCAACCCGGGGCUGUUGUCGUGAAUGAGAUUGUUGCGUGGCAUCGUCACCGCAUAUCCACACGCAUACGUGUGUUCUUUUUAUGAAUGGAAGUUUGAAAGGGACUGGUGAGUCGCCUGUAUGCAAGUCCUGAUGAGAAUCCGAAAGGAUUUUUUUUCCUUCUCUCCUUCGCUUCCAACAGAAGCAACAGCGAUGAACCGUCGACACGGACGCCUCGACGCCGAUGCCUCGCACGCAAGUUUUGCUUUCGCGGAAUACUUAACCAUGUAGUCCAACCAUGUUCGAGUAUUCGCCGUUGAGAAUAACAUGAUAUUAACGUCGAUAUGUCUUAUAAUGCGACGCAAAGUAGUAAGACCGUGGAAUGGCUGCGAGCGGAGUUGGAGUCCGGAGGGAGUUCGCUGCUCCUGCUGGACUGUCGAGCACACGAGCUGUACGAGUCCUCACACAUAGAGUCCGCCAUCAACCUGGCCGUCCCGGGACUCAUGCUCAGAAGGUUUAAGAAGGGAAACAUACCCGUUCGGACUAUCAUCUCAAACCCCGAGGACAAGGAUAAAUUCGUGAGGAGGUGCAAGACGGACACCGUGAUUCUGUACGAUGAGAGCACCCGAGAGUGGCGGGAGGAGGAGAACGGAACUUCUCCCGGGUCUGUUCUGGGUCUGCUCCUGCAGAAGCUGUGGGAGGACGGCUGCCAGGCGUAUUACCUGCACGGGGGGUUUGUGAGGUUCCAGACAGAGUACCCAGAACACUGUGAGACCCUCCUGGACAGCUCCUGUCCCAGCUCCUCCCCACCACUGUCCGUCCUGGGCUUUGGAAACCUCCGCAUCAGCUCCGACUGCUCCGACGGAGAGUCGGACCGUGAACCCAGCAGCGCAACGGAAUCUGAGGAGAGUCCCAUCCCGGGAAACCAGCCCGCCUUCCCGGUCCAGAUCCUUCCCUACCUUUACCUGGGCUGUGCCAAAGACUCCACCAAUCUGGACGUGCUGGGCCAGCACAACAUCAAGUACAUUCUGAACGUCACACCCAACCUGCCCAACAUGUUCGAACACGAGGGCCACUUUAGGUACAAGCAGAUCCCCAUCUCAGACCACUGGAGCCAGAACCUGGCCCAGUUCUUCCCAGAAGCCAUCUCCUUUAUUGACGAGGCCCGGUCGAAGCAGUGCGGCAUCCUGGUCCACUGCCUGGCGGGUAUCAGCCGUUCGGUUACCGUCACGGUGGCCUACCUGAUGCAGCGGCUCAACCUGUCGCUCAACGACGCCUACGACUUCGUCAAGCGCAAGAAGUCCAACAUCUCUCCAAACUUUAACUUCAUGGGCCAGCUGCUGGACUUUGAGCGGACGCUGGAGCGCCUGCACAGCCCCUGCGACAACUGCUCGGGCAGCUCGGAGGAGCAGCUCUUCUUCACCACGCCCACCAAUCACAACGUCUUCCAGUUGGACACGCUCGAGUCCUAAUGAGGGAGCAGUGGCUCCCUGUUUGUGGUCGGCCGUUUUUGGGGGGUUUCGGAGGAGCCCAGCGUAGCAUAGACUCCCUGUUGCGGAGGCUACACUGACGGUAGCUCAAAGCUACGCCGUUCCUGAUCAGCAUUGACCGUGCUAACGUCAGCUCUAUUCUCCGAUGCCUUAAGGACUCGUGACAUAAGGAUGUGUGUGUGUGUGUGUGUGUGUGUGUGUGUGUGUGUGUGUGUGUGUGUGUGUGUGUGUGUGUGUGUGUGUGUGUGUGUGUGUGUGUGUGUGUGUGUGUGUGUGUAUGUGGUGUGGGGUGCAUGUGUAGUCGUGUGCGGUAUUUACAGCAGGAAGUGGGUGUGUCGUAAACGCUGGACAUUUCAUGACUGCUCUGUUAACUCCGUCGACGUGAGGAACGACUGUUCUGUGCUCAUGACCAGCUGUAAACUCGAUGACCUUUAUUGAUCUGGAUCGCUCAGGGUUAUCGCCUGAUCGACAGAUCCAGAGAAGAUCAGGAUGGAGGGUUUUUGAUUGUAGAAAUCCUUUUGUUUUCUGUGUUAUAUAUCAUAAUUUGGCUCAAUUUCCGACACCUCAUUCUACAGCGGCCCUCUGCAAAAAAACAUCCAAGGGGAAAUAUUGUUGAGCAAAGCUUCAGUUAUUUUAUAUCUCCGUAACAGCAUUGUUAUAAUGCAUGUUUUUGUUCUAAAUCAAGAAUUCACUGUUUUAGGUUCCUUUAGCUCAUAUUACCUGUUGUUCCUGUGGCCUUCACCUUAACAUGAAAGUUGAUUCAAGGUAAUUUACCAAGUAUUUAAGGUAUAGUAAAUAGGAUUGUGUAAAGUGAGUGAACAUGAAGGCUAUACUUUUGUUUUAUUUUUGCAGUUUUCAGACUACAGCUAUUGGCAUAUUUGCAGUAUGGUAAAGAGGAACAUGGCGUAUAAUUAGCCGUUCUCGGUCAUCUUUUCUAAGUGGCGGUGAGUAUCUGAGUGGGUGUUGUUGUAUGAGAGAGAGAGAGAGAGAGAGAGAGAGAGGGAAGGAAAUGAGUCCUGCUAAUGUGUUCUUACCUCGCAGAGACAUUUUCAGGGAUUUAAAAAAUAAACACAAGGUGUCUGUAUCUCAUCCCAGCUCUUAAGCCGCAUUCACAGGGCUGUUUUAGUUCAGUAUGUUUGUUUGUAAAGAUGUAUAUAAAAUAUGAUUACAACGGGAGGGGGGAGACAAUUUCAGAAAAAUCAUUGAAGGAAAUGAAAAUGACCCCCCAGAACAUUAUGUAUAGUAAAUGUAAAGAUCAAUGUCCAAGACAUUGUGUACAAUUUUUACAGCAAAUAUAUUGUAUAUUUUUACUUGAA